AUGAAAGCUUUCUUUCAGCAAGCCAAAGAGCUCAUGGAGGGCAAGCCUUCCAAACAAUGCAGACAGGCUGUAGUCUACACGGUGUUGUGGUAUGAGAAGUCAAAGCACCGGGUCUUUCUUGAUCUCGGGGCCACCAUGGCUUCUUUCCAGCUAAGUGUUUUCCUUGUUACGGGAGUUCUCCCGGCCAGGCAGAAAAUUCUGCUCAACAACUCUACUCCUAUGGAGCCCAACGCGGACCUCUCCAAGCUCUUCCUGCAGGAUGGAGUUGAAAUGACGCUGGAGCAGCUUCCAUGGGGUCAAGAAGUCGAGCCCAUCUCGCUGACCAAACAUCUUGUCGACCGGAUCGGAAGCAAGUGUAUAGUGAUGGAGGAGCAAGCCAACGCCCUGGAAGCUCUGCUCCUCGUGAAACGCCUCGAUGUCGAUGCCGAACUUCCCAAGAAACUGUUGAGCUUGACAACUUUCAUGCAUGACGCUGCACAAAAGCUCCUGCUGAAGGUCGACGAGAUCGAGGGCGAAGAGCCGCACAGGCAGGCAAGGAAGGUUGAGAAGAGAAGGAAAGACGUGCUUGAACUCAGCUUUUGUAUCCAGAUGUUCGUCCACAAGAUGAACUCUGUGCUUGACAGACUCGAGCGCAUGAGUCAGAGGUGA